UUUGUGUGACUAAAACAUUGAGUGAAUCAGUUGUCAAACACAACAACACUAACAGUCAGUAUUACAUUAUUGACUCAAACGAGUGCUUCACUACUAAUGACAACAUCUGUUGUAAUCACUGUUUGAGAAGAGAUAAGAGUUAGCCAUUUGAUUGAAGUGUUGUUGUCUUCAACACAACGUUUACAAUACAAUACAAUCAUAAGAUCAUAGACAAGAGUGACAAUACAGUGACCAUUAGUUGACACUACACCACACCUCCUGAUUAAAGUCAUGUCCGGCUUCAAUGACAGUCCGUUUGGCGAUCCGUUUUCGGAUCCGUCGAUAACUUCGGCAACCAAUAAGCCUACCGUUAACGGCGACUCUGGUCUUGAAGAUUAUAACCCAUUCGCAAAUCAGACGACAAAACCUACAAAUUCGGUAAGAGGCGCCACAAAUCCACCUCUUGUGAGUCCACAGCCGGCAGUGAUAAACACAUCCUCAGUGGGUCCGAUGUCCAACAAUAACAAUAUGGCACCCGUACCACCGCCCCCUUAUAAUCCAUCAGCUGCUGUCAACAUUGAUCACUUGCAGAAACAAAAAGAAGAAUUGGAUCGACGAGAGGCCGAACUGGCCGAGAGAGAGGAAAGAUUGCGAAUCGAAGGCAAUGGUGUGAAACGUGAAAACAAUUGGCCGCCGAUACCGGCCUUUUGUCCGGUGACGCCGUGUUUCUAUCAGGACAUUAAUGUCGAGAUUCCGGUAGAGUUUCAGAAGAUUGUUCGUUAUGUUUAUUAUCUAUGGAUCUCAUAUGUUGGAGUCCUAUUUAUCAAUGUGUUGGGAGCACUGGCAGCUUUGUGUGAGGAUAUUGCCAACUCUGGCGGUAUAUUUGCCUUUUCUUUGGUGGCGCUCGUCUUCUUUACUCCGCUUUCUUUUAUCUGUUGGUUCAGACCUCUGUAUAAGGCUUUCAGAAACGACAGUUCAUUCAAUUUUAUGAUUUUCUUCUUUGUAUUCUUCUGUCAAUUGGUUUAUGUCGUUCUCUGUGCUAUUGGUAUCCCCGGAAUGGGUUCAAUCGGUUUAUUUUUGGCGAUAAAGUGGAGCUCAGGCAGUCCCGUAAUCUUCAAUAUAUUUAUAUUUUUAUGCGCAAUAGUGAUGGCCUGCUAUGCUUUGGCCUCCUUUUUGGUCUUAAUUAAGGUUCACAGCAUAUACAGAUCGACGGGAGCCAGUAUGCAAAAGGCACAGCAGGAGUUCACACAGGGAGUGCUGAGGAAUGAAACGGUACAACAUGCGGCCAGUGCUGCAGCUGCCGGUGCCGCGCGACAGGCUAUGAGCCAACAGUUUGGAUCAACUGGUAAUACGACUAAUACGAGUGGUUCUGGUCUAAGAUAUUGAAAUUAUUAUUAUUAUUAUUACGUAAAUUGAUUGCUGAGUUUUCAGAAUCAAUUAUCAUAAACAACAAUACAUUCCCUUUAAUUCAAUUAAAUCAUUUAAAAUGGGAAUUAUCAAUAUGAUUGUGAAUAUUAUUGAAUUUAAUUAAAUAAUUUACAGUAUAUA